AUGCCCACGUGUCUGCUCCUGAUCACCGUCUGGUUCCUUUUGUGUAUCCCCGGUUCACUUCACCUGGUUCGAGCUCAAAACCGAAUCAGAGGAGCCACGACUCAUCCCGAUGAAGCGGAAGCUUUGAAGUCCAUCUUCGCGGCUUGGAAGAUCCAGGCACAGACAGGAUGGAACAGGAGCGGCGAACUUUGUUCCGGCGUAGCCAUCGACGACAACAUCUUCAUCGACGACGAAGCCUACAACCCUCUUAUCAAAUGCGACUGCACAUUCAACAGCUCCACAAUCUGCCGCAUCACGGCCCUGUACAUUACAAUCUCUCUUUCUCUUUCUUUUUUUUUAACUCCUGUAAAUGCAUUCGUUGUACCUCAAAAUCACACGCCGGUUUCUUUCAGGAACCUAGCUCAAAAUUAUCUUACAGGCUCCAUUUCUCCUGCUAUUGGAAAUUUGACUCGAAUGGAAUGGAUAACAUUUGGGAUCAAUGCUUUAUCGGGUCCCCUUCCCAAGGAAAUUGGUUUGCUUACAAAUUUGAAAUCGCUUGGUGUUAGUAUAAAUAACUUUUCCGGUUCUAUACCAGCUGAGAUUGGGAAUUGUACGAAACUACUGAAAAUUUCAGGACUUAGAGGGGAAGUACCUUCAUCCUUUGCUAAUCUUGUAGAACUAGAAAGCGUAUCAAUAUGCGAUCUGGACGUUACUGGUCAGAUACCAGAAUAUAUAGGAAAGUGGACCAAACUUCAAAUCUUAAAAAUUCAAGGAACUGGUUGGAGUGGUCCGAUACCGUCGUCAUUUUCUAACUUAACUUCUUUGUUAGAACUAGUGCUAGGCGAUAUAUUCAAUGGAGGCUCUUCUCUCGAAUUCAUCAAAGACAUGAAAGCUCUAAGUAUAUUACAACUGAGGAACAACAAACUCACUGGGACAAUACCCUCUAAUUUCGGGGAAUACUCAAAUCUGCAAGAACUUGAUUUAAGCUUCAACAGACUACAUGGACCAAUUCCAGCUUCACUUUUCAACCUAGCUAACCUUGCUUACUUGUUGGUGGGAAACAACACGUUGAAUGGUUCUUUGCCCACUCAAAAGAGCAAUACUUUGAGGAAUAUAGAUGUUUCCUACAAUGAUUUGUCUGGUAGUCUUCCUUCAUGGGUUAGCUUACCAGACUUGGACCUCAAUCUUGUUUCUAACAACUUCACCUUGAAUGGUCUUGACAAGAGGGUUUUAUCAAGACUGAAGUGUCUGCAGAAGAACUUUCCAUGCAACCGAGGCAAAGGAAUCUAUUCUGACUUUUUUAUCAACUGCGGAGGACCACAAAUACGGUCCUUCACCGGAGUAGUAGUUGAGAGGGACGACGUGGAUCAUGGAUCAACUUCAUCUUACGUGAGUGAUGUUGAGAGAUGGGCAGUCAGUAGCGUAGGAAUUUAUAACGGGAAUGACAAUAUUGUACGGAUUAACAACACUCUGGACUCGGAGCUUUUUCAGUCAGCAAGACACUCUUCAUCUUCCCUUAGGUAUUAUGGGCUGGGGCUCGAAAAUGGAGGCUACACCGUAACACUUCAGUUUGCUGAAGUAGUCAACAUUGGCCUUCACUCUUGGAAAGGUUUAGGAAUAAGACGUUUUGACAUUUAUGUCCAGGGAAUACUUGUUGAAAAGGAUUUUGAUAUACGCAGAACAUCUGGUGACACUACUCUCCGAGCAGUUUAUAGAGAAUAUAAAACAAAUGUAUCAGAAAAUUAUCUUGAAAUUCAUCUUUUCUGGGCUGGCAAAGGAUCAAUUACUGUUCCUUUUAUAGGUAAUUAUGGACCACUUAUAUCGGCCGUCAGUGCAAAACCAGAUUUUACACCAACUUUGGACAACAAGCCAUCAUCAAAGCAAAAGAAUAGGACCGGUACUGUUGCGGGUGUUAUUGUUGGCCUAGGACUUUUAAGCCUCUUUGCUGGUGCGGUUUUCUUUAUCAUCCGAAAAACCAGUAAGCGUUACACAGAUGAUGAAGAACUUCUUAAUAUGGAUGUGAAGCCUUACACUUUUACCUACUCAGAGCUUAAAAGUGCCACUCAAGAUUUUGAUCCCGCAAACAAGCUCGGAGAGGGAGGGUUUGGGUCUGUUUAUAAGGGAACCCUGACUGAUGGAAGAGAAAUCGCGGUGAAAAUGUUGUCCGUUGGAUCCCAACACGGGAAGGGGCAAUUUGUUGCAGAAAUCAUAGCAAUUUCUGCCGUUAUGCAUCGCAACCUAGUUAAACUUUAUGGUUGCUGCUAUGAAAGACAUCAUCGUUUGCUGGUGUACGAGUAUCUCCCAAAUGGAAGUCUCGAUCACGCACUAUUUGGAGGUGAUAAAAGUUUACAUCUUGAUUGGUCUACCCGUCUUGAGAUAUGCAUGGGAGUAGCCAGAGGUCUAGCCUACCUCCACGAAGAGGCGAGUUUUCGCAUAGUACACAGGGAUGUGAAGGCCGGCAACAUUUUGCUUGACUCUAAUUUUCUCCCAAAAGUUUCUGAUUUUGGGCUUGCAAAGCUAUACGAUGAUAAGAAAACCCACAUAAGUACCCGAGUGGCAGGGACCAUUGGAUAUCUUGCACCAGAGUAUGCCAUGCGUGGGCACCUAACAGAGAAAACAGAUGUGUAUGCCUUUGGUAUUGUGGCUCUUGAGUUGGUGAGUGGAAGGAAAAACUCUGAUGUCAACCUGGGGAAUGAGGAAAAAUAUCUUCUUGAAUGGGCAUGGAAUCUACACGAGAAUAACCGUGAAGUUGAACUAGUUGAUCAUAAGCUGACUGAAUUCAAUAUGGAAGAAGUGAAACGCAUGAUAGGCAUUGCUCUGCUGUGCACAUAUUCAUCUCAUUCCUUGAGACCAUCGAUGUCAAGAGUGGUGGCUAUGCUUUCAGGAGAUGUUGAGGUCAGUGAGGUAACCUCCAAGCUAGGUUACCUAACCGACUGGAGAUUUGAUGACACCUCAAGCUCCUCUUUCAGCGCCUUUCAAACUAUAGACACCGGCGCUUCUGCGUCAUACUCCACAGGCUUUGUGACACCCAGAGAAGGCGACUAUAAGCCAAUGCUUGGAGUCAAGAUCAAUGCGGGGAGAUGA